AGGAUGGAGCCACAGCAUUCAUAAUGGCUGUAAAAACACCUCUGAGGGAGCUAGUGAGGGCAGGGAGUGACCUCAACCUCCAGAACCAGGAGGGACUCACUCCACUAAUGAUAGCUGCCAGGAGUGGGAGAACUGCUGACAUUACUAAAAUUGUACUGGAGGGAGAACACAUCAACCUGGACAUUCAGGAGAAGAGAACAGGAUGGUCAGCUCUCCACUUCUCUGCUGAGAGAGGAAACGCAGCAACCACAGAAGCACUGCUCAAGGCAGGAGCUAACCCUCACCUCAAAGACAAGGAUGGUGACUCUGCUUUGACUCUAGCAGCCUGGUGUGGUCACACUGAUGUUGUUGUGGAGCUGGUGAAAGCAGGAGCCUAUUUGGACCUACAGAAUAAGAAUGGAGACACAGCAGUCAUAAUAGCUGUAAAGAGCCAUGAACCAGACACUCUGAGGGAGCUAGUGAGGGCAGGGAGUGACCUCAACCUCCAGAACCAGGAGGGACUCACUCCACUAAUGAUAGCUGCCAUGAGUGGGAGAACUGACAUUACUAAAAUUCUACUGGAGGGAGAACACAUCAACCUGGACAUUAAGGAGAAGGUGGGAACCCACAGAGCAAUUGGUGAAGGCAGCAGUGCCAACUAUCUAUGGUUGCCACCUGAGGUGCUGUAACUACUCUCUCAUGGUACAGAGAACAGGGCGGUCAGCCCUCCAUUUCUCUGCUGAGGAAGGAGACUCAGCUACCACAGAAGCACUGCUCAAGGCAGGAGCUAAUCCUCACCACAAAGACAAGAAUGGGGCAACAGCAAUGGAGAUUACUGAACAACGAGCUCAAUCUAGCCUUGUGUCCAAGACAUUGCCAAUGAGAGAGAUGAUGACUCAACCCAGCCUUUAUGCUAGUCAGCUUUCGCUGAGACAUCGGAGACAGCGCAGGUCGGAGAUCAAAUAUCUUAAAGGAGGCAAGGCAAUGAGAGCCACGAGCCGUUAUGAUAGUCAGUAUGGGGUAACAGCAAUGGAGCUCGCUCCCCUUGUGUCCCAGUCAGUGAGAGAGAUGAUGACUACUCUACCCAGCCGUUUUGCUAGUCAGCGUGCUGUGAGACGUCUCAAGUCGGAGAGCAAAGAUCUUGAAGGAGAUGAUACUAGUUCCAUGCUCAAACUAGAGGGACAAGAGCUCGAGUCUGAGGGCAGAGAUCCCACAGCAGGACAGCAGUCUCAAGUCAGAAAGAAAAUGACACCAGAGAUGGACCCUGAACAUAGUCCAGACUUUGAUUUGUAAAGUUAGUGUACUUGUUCUGAGGGAUAAUGUCAUGUGUUUAUCCAAUAAACAUGUUUGAG